CACUUCAUUCUUCUUCACUUGGUCAAGUUCUCCGUAGAAUAAGUCAUCUCUUUUGAAUCGGCUCAUGACUCAGUACCGCCUAUGCCAAGCUCCAGCUUUUUUACCGACUGAACACGUCAGUGCCUGCGCUUAAGUGGAUAGAAUCUAGGGAUGGUUUUCGAAAUACAAGCAAGUAGAAGGAUGAAAAUGCAAAUAUGUGGAAAUAAAUUGAAGAUAGUCGUGGCAUCAGUGAGGAAGACAAAGAAGCAUUUAAAAUUGUUUCUGUCAAAUAAAGAAGCCACCAGGAGGGAGGGAGAGAGAGAGAGAGUCUGAGAAGGAAAACAAUCCAGCUCUAGGGUUUUCAAUCCCUCGUCCCUCUUUUGACAAUGGCGAAACCCAGGUACCCGCGUUUUCCACCUCGGAAAUCGUCGUCUUCCACGGUUGUUCUUUCCAUGCUUCUCAUGUUCUCCUUCGUCGUUCUCGUUCUUCUUGCUCUCGGACUCCUCUCGAUUCCGAGCCACUCCGGCGAUUCUCCACGAGCCAAUGAUCUCAGUACCAUUGUUCACAGGACAGUGGAGAGAAGUGAUGGAAAUGAUGGGAAAGGGGAGCCAUGGAGUGAAGUGAUCUCAUGGGAACCCAGAGCUUUUGUUUAUCAUAAUUUCUUGUCCAAGGAUGAAUGCGAGUACCUAAUCAAACUUGCUAAGCCUCAUAUGCAAAAGUCAACUGUAGUUGAUAGCUCAACAGGCAAGAGUAAAGAUAGCAGGGUCCGCACAAGCUCUGGAACAUUUUUGACUAGAGGUCAGGACAAAAUUAUUAGAGGCAUUGAGAAAAGGCUUUCUGAUUUCACCUUCCUGCCCGUAGAGCAUGGUGAAGGACUUCAAAUUCUCCACUAUGAAGUUGGACAAAAAUAUGAGCCUCACUAUGACUACUUCCUUGACGAUUAUAACACGAAGAAUGGAGGACAGCGUAUGGCUACAGUUCUUAUGUACCUCUCUGAUGUUGAAGAAGGGGGUGAAACAGUAUUCCCUGCUGCCAAAGGGAACUUCAGUUCAGUGCCUUGGUGGAAUGAGUUAUCUGAAUGUGGAAAAGAGGGACUUUCUGUUAAACCAAAGAUGGGUGAUGCAUUGCUUUUCUGGAGCAUGAAGCCUGAUGCUUCUCUUGAUCCCUCAAGUUUGCAUGGUGGUUGCCCUGUGAUUAAAGGAAACAAGUGGUCAUCAACUAAAUGGAUUCGCGUCAAUGAGUACAAGAUUUAAACUAGUUGUGAAAGGUUUUUCCCACUUUGUCAUUGCUGUACUGCUGUUAGAAUCUCAGCAGUGGCUCCUCUGCUGUUGGGCUUCAAAGUUUUUCAUAUGACCUUGCGCAAGACCCGAGGCUUCCAUGCUUUUAUACUUUGGCUGUAUUAGGUUCCUCCUACUGACCGGCAUUUUUGUAGGGUGGCUGUCUUGUUUUACUGUCACUAAUAGAAUAAAAAAUGGAAUAUUUAUGAGUUCAAUUUACUUCAUCAUGCAUCAGAACCUAAAUGUUAAGUCGUGAAUAUUACAGUUAGUGAAUAUAUUACACGUUUAUUUCA